AUGAUCGACGACCCACGAUUGACCCGCCGCACUCAAUUGAACCAGAAGGCCCCCUCUUCGUCGAAAGUCAACAUGUCAGCCGCACGUCUACCCCCCUCGACUUCCCCGCUGGUCGUCGCAGUCGUCUCCUCCAGUUUCUUUGUCAUCGCCGUCCUGCUCUAUAUCCGCCCGUAUCUCGAGGCAACCGUCAGUCCUUACCGGAUUUUCAGAGACGUCUAUCAACAUGCCGGGCACUUCGCGUUGGCGGACACCUAUGCCGGGCGGGAUUUCUUCGACAGCUGGACUUGGGAGACGAUGGACGACCCGACCAAUGGACGCGUGAAUUACGUGGACCAGAACACCGCCGUUAGUUCGAACUUGUCUUUCGCGACGGAUAGCAAGUUCAUUAUGCGGGCGGAUGACCAGAACGUAGUGGCACCUAGUGCACGGGGAAGAGACAGUAUCCGAAUCAUCUCGAAUAACGCGUACAGUGAUUCCGUCACGGUGCUCGACCUCCAGCACAUGCCUGAGGGCUGCAGUACAUGGCCUGCGUUCUGGUCACUCAGCCAAGCGGGACCGUGGCCGCAGGGCGGUGAAAUCGACAUAGUAGAAGGCGUCAACCUGAAUAAUGGCAACCUUGCUUCGUUGCACACUACCCCGCUUUGCACCAUGCAGCAGCAGAGGGCGCAGACAGGCACAACGUCCUCGACGAACUGUGACGCCAACGCGAAUUUCAACCAAGGCUGCGGCGUGUCCUUUCCCUACGGCUCGUACGGCGCGCCGUUCAACGCGGCUGGCGGCGGCUACUUCGUCGUGGUGCGCACGCAGCAGGACGGCGUGCGCAUCUGGUUCUGGGCGCGGAACGACGCCGCCACUCCAGCAGAAGUGAUAAAUCCAGCUCCUGCGGCCCUUGGCCUGCUCGGUCCGCCCACGAUCUCGCCAGAUCCUUCAUGGGGCACGCCUUCUGCGAUAUUCCCCGUCGGGUCGACGUGCGAUUAUGACUCUCACUUCAAUGCGCACCAGUUUGUGUUCGACCUGACCUUCUGCGGCGAUUGGGCUGGUAAUGACUACACAUCCACCGGUUGCAGUGGGUCGUGCACGGAUUACGUUAACAACAACCCUCAGGCGUUCGCGAAUGCGUACUGGGAAGUCAAUUCGCUGCGAGUGUAUACCCCCUUCGACCGCCCCUCAUAG